GAGAUAAAAAGUCUCAAUCGGAUAAUAUUACUAGAACAACGCCCAACGAACCUGAUGCUUCAAAGGUACAUAACACAUGUGAAAUAACUGAAUCCAGUUAUGUUGGCGGAACAAUGUCCAAUCAAUGUAGUUAUGUAAAGCAAGGUACAGGUCAACAUAAUGGUGAAAAACCACACUCUCGUGAUGAGUGUGGUCAGAGUAUCACUGCAUCUGGUCAUUUGACGAACCACAAAAGAAUACACACCUGCGAUACACCGUACCCAUGCAAUAUAUGUGGUAAGAGUUUCAAUAAAUCUAGUGAUUUGAAGAGACAUAGUAGAAUACAUACCGGUGAUAAACCUUACCCAUGCAAUGUGUGUGGUAAGAGUUUCAGUGAAUCUGGUCAUUUGAAAAGACAUAGUAGAAUACAUACCGGUGAUAAACCUUACCCGUGCAAUGUGUGUGGUAAGAGUUUCAGUGAAUCUGGUCAUUUGAAGACACAUAGUAGAAUACAUACCGGUGAUAAACCUUACGCAUGCGAUGUGUGUGGUAAGAGUUUCAGUAAAUCUGGUCAUUUGAAGACACAUAGUAGAAUACAUACCGGUGAUAAACCUUACCCAUGCAAUGUAUGUGGUAAGAGUUUCAUUCAAUCUAGUGAUUUGAAGAGACAUAGUCGAAUACAUACAGGUGACAAACCUUACCCGUGCAAUGUGUGUGGUAAGAGUUUCAGUCAAUCUGGUAUUUUGAAGACACAUAGUAGAAUACAUACCGGUGAAAAACCUUACGCAUGCGAUGUGUGUGGUAAGAGUUUCAGUAAAUCUGGUCAUUUGAAGACACAUAGUAGAAUACAUACCGGUGAUAAACCUUACCCAUGCAAUGUGUGUAGUAAGAGUUUCAGUGAAACUGGUAGAUUGAAGAGACAUAGUAGAAUACAUACCGGUUAUAAACCUUAUCCAUGCAAUGUAUGUGGUAAGAGUUUCAGUGAAACUGGUAAAUUGAAGAGACAUAGUAGAAUACAUACUGGUGAUAAACCAUAUAUAUGCGACAUUUGUCCGCUGAAAUUUACUCAUAAACAAUGUCUUGUUAAAUAUUUACAGAAACAUUUGUUAUAAUAAUAACUUGUAUAUUUCUCGUGUGUACAAGGCUCCUCGUUACUUUGUAAAUAUGAACCGGUUUCUGUGAUUGUCUCAGCUCUAAACCAUACAUACGAUUCGAGUUUCGUAUUUGAAAACAUUUGAAAGAUAUUAUUAAUUUUUACAAACGUUCAAGGUAAGGUAUAAUUUGUUACAAUAAUUGAACUUCAAUUUCAAGGACAUUAAAAACUAGGUUAAGUUCAUGAAGGAGAAUGUUUAAAUAUUUCAAUAUU